UUUAAGCAACCUUAGAAUAGUAGAUCCGUCAUACAUUUGAUAUGGUGGGAAACUAUUUCUCCCGAAAUAAUUUAUAUUUUCUUACUAUCGUCGGUUUUUGCCUGUUAUGUGUUUGAUUUGAUCAUUUGAUUAUUUGUUGACGAACAUUUUCUGCCAAUAAUAUUUCGAAAGUGAAUGAAAUUACACUGAAGUGGUUAUACAAAGUUUGGUACAUCAUUUGAUAAAUAAAAUGGGAGACGACAAGGUGACUUCAAGUCUGAAUGAAGUUUGGAGGACAUGCAAAAAAGUUCAAGGAGCCAUCUUUAAAUAUGGUAUCAACCUCUGGGAUAAAUUUAAGCCACUGGACAGUACUAACAGUUCGCUGGUUUCUGAAUCGAAAUUUGUGAAUGUUUUGGCGCAGUUCAAGAACGUCAUAGGCCUUUCAGAAUGUGAGAUAAAGGAAGUAACAGACUAUUUUAAGCAACCUGACGGACGAGUUGCUUACGAACAAUUUUGCAGGGUAGUGAGCGAUGAAGGUGGAGAGCACGCUCGCAACAUGAACCUAAUAUCCGGACUAGAAUGGGAGGAUCCGAUGCAUACCAACAAUCUCUCGGAUUCAGAGAGACGAAGGCUAUGCGUGCUCUUGACGAAGAUCGCACAAACCGUCAGGUUAAGGGAUGUUGUGUUAAUGCCAUUCUUCCAGGAUUAUGAAAUGGUUGCCAAGAACGAAGGAGCCGUAACCCUAAACCAUUUUUCUAGAGUUCUUCAUUUCAUGGGAAUUCUACUAUCUGAAGACGACUUUCUCCUGCUUGUGAAAAGAUAUCUGAGAAACUCAUACACUGUUAAUUAUGUAUCAUUUGUGAAGCAUAUUGAGCAAAUUGUACGCUAUUUUGAUGAACAUCGCAUAACGGAUUAUUCUGAGGACCUCAUUGAAAACUUCCCAGGUCGUCUAAUAGAUGCAGAACUCCCAAAAUUGCCACGUCCUGAAAUAGGCGCAGUCCGUGUUUCAGACGUUUUUGGCGUUGAAAGCUCUUUUCAUCCAGUUUUGAAACCAACACAAUGUUCCCGCGAAAGUGACGAAAUCCUCUUACGCAUAAAGCGCCAUGUCUAUGAGAAUUCCAUUCGAGUCCAUGAUUUUUUCGACGGUUAUGAUCAGUUACGUACAGGAUAUGUAACGAAAAACCAGUUCUUCCGUGUGUUGGAUAAUAUUGGAAUAUCAGCUCUGGAUCGAUUAUAUUUGACCGAGGACGAAAUGGAAUUGGUGGCGGAACGCUAUGCCGAUGUAAACGAUGCGACUAGAGUGAAUUGGACCAUAUUUGAGAAUGAUAUCAAUAAAGUAUUCACCGAGAAAGACCUCGAUAAGAAACCAUUUAAAAUAGUCGUAGCCCCACCUCCAGAGGUUACAGAUUUACCUAGGGUCGGCCAAGCUAAUUGGCAACAGCAGCGUACUGAGGACCGAAGUUUAUGUGAACAGGCUUUGGACAAUUGCAAGGCCAGGAUAUCAAAGCGACGGCUGUAUUUGAGGCAGUAUUUUCAAAUGUUUGAUAAACAGAAUACUGGCCAUGUAACUCGGAAUCAAGCACGGCAAGUUAUAUACUCAAAUGGGAUUCUACUCUCUAACGAAGAAUUCUAUGCUUUGGAACGAAGGUACAACGACGAUCUCGGGUUCAAUUACAAUAUGUUUUUGUGUGAAGCAGAUACCCAAGACUAUGCAGUACCAAAGUAUGAAGAAUUGAAACAAACCUUGGACGACCUCAAUAAACCACGCGAGGCUCCACCUCCAAAGAAACAUGAAACCGAUAUCGUCUUGGUUUUGGCCAAAGUGAAACGACAAGUCGUUGCUAGACGUAUAAGGAUUGAGGAUUUUCUUAAGGACUAUGACCGGAAUAAAUUGCAAUUUAUCUCAGAGCUGAAUUUUAGACGGGGGCUUGAUAAUGCUAACAUUAAACUGAGCGAGGCUGAGGUCGAUUUGUUAUGUAAGGUGUUCAAAGCUCCCCUCCGUGGUUGUUGCGUUAACUACAAGAGAUUUUGCUCAACAAUUGAAGAAGUGUUCAUGCAGCCAUGCCUGGAAAGAGCACCAAGGGUGGUUCCUGUUCAGCACAUUCCUUCUCAAGAUUGUGCUAUGAACUUCUUGAAUUUCGAAGAAAGGACUAUAGUAUCUAAGGCGCUGCAAAAGCUAUCGAAACACGCGGAUCAUGUUUCGAAUCUGAGCUGCAUCUUCGAUGAUUAUGAUUGUACACAUUGUGGUACUUUGUCACAGAAUAAUUUCUUGCGUGCCUUGACUGUCCGAGAACUUCAUAAUCUAAUAUCAAGUCGGGAGUUCGAGUUGGUGUGUAAAUGUUUUGGUGUUGAGAGAGGUCUGCGCCUGGAAGUCGAUUACAGGGCUUUCUUGCGAACACUAGACAUCUUGGCAGCUACUCGAAUUAAAAUGCCAUUUUGA